AUGGAAGUUGCUCUCACGUUCGGCAGUCUGGGCGACAUCAUCCAGCUCUGCCAACUUGCCAUCCAACUCGGUCGCGCAGUCGGCGUAGGGUGCGGGGAAGUUAGUGAGAGCGCCAAAGAGUACCAGCAAGUCCGCAACGACCUCAACACUUUUGUUCAUAUUUUGAUGCAAGCAAGGGCCCCCCGCCCUUCUCUCGGUCUCCCCAACAAGAAAUCCACUCGGGUCGACAAUGCCACCGUACUAGCCCGAAUCGAUCAAGUCCAACAACUAGUGUCAGGAGCAUGUACCGGCCAAGAAGAACUACUUGAAUUCCUGCAAGAGCAGCGGGCAGCGAAUGAGCAGCAGACAGAAAAACAAUUACAAAGGCUUGAUGAAGUAAACCAGCAACUCGCAACCCAAGAAAAGGGAAGCCGCAAUAUUCUAGCAGUGGCUAAGGAUGCCGUACGCGGCAUCCUUGAGGUGAAAAAUCUACUUAUACAACUCUCUCAGAACGUCAUUGAUCUCCAGAUUACAGCCUCCAACUCUAUAUUCAUUCGCCUACUGGAUCCCACAAGAGAACUCCCUGUCGUAUUAGAGGACGCUCUAGGACGCCAACUUGAAAUCCCUGCUCAAUGGAUAGAUGCUCUGGAGUGGGAGGUCUUAAACGGUCUAUUAAAGGGCUAUUUUAAAGGCCAAAAGGGCCAUGAUAUGGUGCUAAGGCAAGAGUACGCCCUGGAAGAGAGCGCGUCCGGCCGGGACCUCAACACGGAAUUGCCACUUCAUCGUUGUCUGCGAAGAGGCAUGAAGAUCAAUAUGAGCAUGAUAUUCCAAACCACUGAAAUAAUCGUCGGUGCUUGUCCACGCUGUCAUACAGUAACAGACGCACAGGAAGAUGUUACCGUCCAAUGCCCUGCACCAGAUUGUGGGAUGUGGUUUCGUAUGCAAAAGCAGGUCAUCGAGGUUGCGGACUCAGAUUCCACAAUUCACAAGGGUGACGCCGGCCCUGAGUCUCCCAUUGGACAGGGAACGACGAUAGGCCCCCUCGUUGACCAGCCGGCAUUCGUGCCCGACGAUAGCGACUCGGACGACGCCGUCCCGCCCCCGAUUGCCCGGCAUGCUCGGUCACCUUCUCCAGCCGUGGCCCCUGUCCCCGAUCCAUCAAUUGAAGACCUAAGCAAGGUCCAAGUCCCGCCCGCUAUUGACCGAUGGGCCCAGAUCCGCAAGAAUGCAGCUAAGCGUGCAGCGCAGCGAAGCACAGCUCCUGUGCCAAAGCAUGACCCCGAGGAUGACACUAAUGGUAAAGAGACUAUCGAGUCUCGUGUCGCCCGUAUCAAGGCUCGCGUUGCUGAGCUUAUGGGCAAUCUGGAAGGCGUCAGUGGGCCCGAAGCCGAGACGCUCCUGGUCCACGCUAUUAGAUGUCAGGAAAGCUCGGACCAAGGCGGCCCGCCGCAAGGUCGAUCUGACCAAGUCCGCUCGAUGUCAAUGGCCGAUAUUCCCGGCGGUGGCGAAGAGGUCAUCCAGCUAGCUAAUGGAGAUGAAGAGCAAUCCUCACCACCUUCCGGUGGCAUAGACAACAUUCUGGAAUAA